GGGGCUGCCUGUUUCUGUGUGCAGCAGCAGCAGCAGAGCCCUGUUGCUGUCCCCGCGCGGACCGCAUCUCAUCAUCUCAUCAUCCGAUCACCUCCCUUCUUCUUUCGUAUCUCUCCCCCUCUUUUUUCGCCGUAAUAUCCAUUCCCUUGCUCUGCCGCCUCAAUUUAGACUUCUCUCGCUUAGGCAUUUGCUUUAGGGGAAUGGUGGAAGUUGUUGCAUGUUGAUCGAUCUCCUCUAGGAAUCUGCUACCGGCGUCUGCUAUCGAGCACCCCCAACUCGGAGCUAGACUCUUGGCGUGGGUUCUGGCUUGGAGUCAUGGCGUCGGGGAAGGUGAUGGACCCGGAGAAUUUGAAUGAGAAUGUGAAGAAGACGGUGUAUGCGGUGCGGGGAGAGCUUUACCUUCGCGCCUCUGAGCUGCAGAAAGAGGGCAAGAAGAUCAUUUUCACCAAUGUUGGUAACCCGCAUGCUCUUGGUCAGAAGCCUCUCACGUUCCCCCGCCAGGUCAUGGCUCUGUGUCAGGCGCCCUUUCUGAUGGAUGAUCCCCACGUGGGACUACUGUUCCCCGCUGACGCCAUUGCCAAAGCCAAGCAUUAUUUAUCUAUGACCUCAGGGGGCGUGGGAGCUUACAGUGAUUCCAGAGGACUUCCGGGGGUGCGGCAGGAGGUUGCAAAUUUUAUUCUGCAGCGUGAUGGAUAUCCUAGUGAUCCGGAGAAUAUCUUCCUCACUGAUGGAGCUAGCAAAGGGGUUGCACAAGUUUUGAAUGCCCUCAUCCGUGAUGAAAAAGAUGGAGUCCUAGUUCCCAUUCCACAAUAUCCUCUAUACUCUGCAACAAUUCAGCUCCUAGGAGGCACACUGGUGCCCUACUAUUUAACUGAAGAGGAGAAUUGGGGAAUGAGCAUUAACGAGUUGCGUAGAUCUGUUACUGAAGCUCGGAGGAAGGGAAUUUGUGUGCGAGGAUUAGUAUUUAUAAACCCAGGUAAUCCAACUGGUCAGUGUUUAACAGAGAAGAACCUGGGAGAACUGAUCGAGUUUUGUAUACAAGAAAGAAUUGUGUUGAUGGCUGACGAAGUUUACCAGCAAAACGUUUAUCAAGAUGAGCGGCCCUUCAUCAGCGCGAGAAAGGUUCUGAUGGGCAUGGGACCCCCAGCCAGUGAAGCCUUGGAGCUGGUUUCAUUCCACACAGUAUCAAAGGGUUUCCUAGGAGAAUGUGGACAGCGCGGUGGAUAUUUCGAAAUGACCAACUUUCACCCCAAGACCGUAGAUGAGCUCUACAAGGUUUCCUCCAUAGCUCUGAGUCCAAAUGUCUCUGGUCAAAUCAUGAUGGGUUUGAUGGUCAAUCCUCCGAAACCAGGUGACAUUUCGUAUCCUCAGUAUGAGGCAGAAAGUAAAGCUAUCUCAUUGUCCUUGAGAAAAAGGGCGCAUAUCAUGACUGACGGCUUCAACGCGUGUGAAAAUGUUGUCUGCAACUUUACUGAGGGAGCCAUGUACUCUUUCCCGCAGGUAAAAUUGCCACAGGCAGCUGUUGCGGCUGCUAAGAAAGCAGGGAAAGCCCCCGAUGUUUUCUACUGCCUGAGGCUUCUUGAGGCUACCGGAAUCUCCACCGUUCCAGGUUCAGGGUUCGGCCAGAAAGAGGGGACCUUUCACGUGCGGACUACAAUUCUGCCAUCUGAGAAAGACAUGCCUGGGAUUAUGGAAAGCUUCAAGAAGUUCAACCAGGACUUUAUGGCACAAUACGCCGAUGCCAAGUCCAAGCUCUGAGGAUACGGUAACCUAUACCACCUUCAUUACCAGUCCUGGUGGUGCUGCUUGUGCAUGCAUCACCUGCCUCGUGUAGUUGAUCUUAGGCCGUAUGAUUGCAUCUAAAUCAAGGGCACGCAUGAAAACGAAUGCCAGAAAGAUGCAACUCCAUGUAGACAUGAAUAUACUUCGUCUUAUGUAUUCCUCUUCCACUUUGAGUUAAAGCGGGUGCCUUCAUCUUGUACCUCGCCAUUUAUGAUACUGUAGAAGUUGAACUAGAUGUAGCAUUAUAUCAACAGCAAGAUCACGUUGGAGUGACAUUCUGUAUCUCCUAGUGGACCAUGCUCAGCUUUUCUGUGAUUGCUUGGUGCCUUGCAGGUGAAUUAAAUUUCUGAGGUAUAUCCUCUGUUUACUCUCACUGUCACUUUUAUCACAUAACCCUCUGCAGGUGCUGAAAGUUUGGUGUACUGCAUGGUUUAUUGGUCAUCUGAAAUGGGUGCACAAAUUUUUUUGGUUUGCGGUUUAGACUGGGAAAUUCAGAUCAAAAUUUGGUAGAAAUGUGGUCGGAGGUUGGCAGACAUUCGAAUGCUGUUUGUCAUGAAGAAAGACAAAAAGCUGGCUAAAGUCAAGCUCACAUUUACAAAAUGUUUAAUAAAAGCUAGAUUUUGAAAAUUA